AUGACCACAUACACUCACGCUCCCCUUGUGCUAUCGAGAUCCAUCAGGCUAAUCCAUCUCGAAGCUGCAACGCAGCUAUCAGAUCCAUUACGAUGCAGACUAACUGAAGUUUCUCUUGCCGCAAACCCAGCAUACAAGGCGCUAUCGUACUCCUGGGAUGCACAAACUCCAUCACAUCCCAUUGAAUGCGAUGGCGCCAUGCUACGCAUUACACACAAUUGCAAGGCUGCGUUGCGCCGGCUCAGAAGCCUAGGCGAUCUCACUUUGUGGAUCGAUGGAAUCUGUAUCGAUCAAACGUCCACAGCCGAACGCAGCGCUCAGGUCGCACUCAUGAGAGACAUUUACAAGCAGGCCGCUGAGGUAGUCGUUUGGCUGGGUGAGGAAGACGAGGCGAGCAAGAUGGCCAUUCGAUAUCUGGAAGAUAUUGCGCUUAUGAGUGUGGACAAGGAGCGGAUGGAACGAUGUCUUCCUCUUUUGGUAGGCUUGCAAGUGAAGAAAGACUCGGAUGACCCGAUUGGGCCUCUGUUUAAGCGAUCUUGGUUUUCUCGCAUGUGGACGAUUCAAGAAGUGGCGUUGCCAUUGCAACACCAAGUC